GAGUCUUUUCGGUAGUUCAUCACUUUGGGGACUCUCCUUUCGGUCCGAGAACCGCGAUUUGUUGUGUCUCGGAACCUGCCAAGCUGGCGAGGGAAUGGGCGAAAAGACUUCUUCAUUCUUGAUCACGAGUGCCAUCGCGAACCACCUAAAUCAUCGUGCGCGUCCCUGCAAAACCGUCAUUCCGGAGCCCAAUUAUCUGGGAAGUCCGUUAACAGAGUCCUUCAAGUCGCCAUACCUUUCCAACUGAUUGGUGCGUGUCGUGUCUGGGAAGGAUUCACGUCGUUGAUAAGGCGUGAAACCCCCCAAUCCUCUCGUUCAAUGCCUCCAUCAUCAACCCUACAGGAAGCAUCAGUAGUAAUAGACGACCUACUGCUACCAUGAGGUCCACGAUUUUCCGUGCGGCUACUGCCUUGAUGGCCAUCCUUACACCCAUCAUUGUCACAGCUGCCAAUCCUCUUCAGAUUCGUACCCAUAUCAAUGGGCAUACUCUAUCCCCUCGGGCCACAUUUGCCUAUGGCCAGGGAAACACGACAGACGUUAUCAUCCGCACCGAAAUACCUCGCCUCAUCAUCUACUUUCAGACCACACACGACGAGUCGGGCAAGCCCAUCUCCAUGCUUCCACUCGUCACCGAAAAGAACAUUGCUCUCACGCAUCUCAUCGUUUGCUCCCUGCAUAUCCAGAAAGACGGGAACAUCACGCUUAAUGACCACCAGCCAACCGACCCGCGUUACGGCACCCUCUGGCAAGAGACCCAAAUCCUUGGCUAUGCCGGCGUCAAAAUCAUGGGCAUGAUUGGCGGAGCCGCUGCUGGAUCUUUCACCCCAGACACGCUCGACUCAGCCAACGAGACCGUUUUCAACCGAUAUUACGGCCAACUCCACGAGACCAUCAAGCGCUACGGCCUCCAAGGGCUCGACAUUGACGUUGAGCAGCCGAUGAGCCAGGGUGGCAUCGAGCGGCUCAUCCUUCGGCUCCGCGCCGACUUCGGGAAGGACUUCAUCAUCACCCUCGCCCCCGUUGCCAGCGCGCUGACCAUGGGCGGCUGGAACCUCAGCGGGUUCGAUUAUCGCAAGCUGAUGCUGGCGCCGAGCGGCGCCGGCAAGGAAGUAGCCUUCUAUAACUGCCAGUUCUACUCUGGGUUUGGCGACGCGGGGAACCCGAACCAGUUUCAUCAGAUCAUCACCGACAACGCACAACGAGACAUGCGCGGGGCGCUGUCGCCUACCAAGAUAGUCAUCGGGCAGCUGACGAACCCGAAUAACGGCGGAGGGUUCGUGACUGCUGGCACGCUGGCGAACUCAAUCAAGACUUUGAGGGACGUGUAUGGGCAAAUUGGGGGGGUCGCAGGGUGGGAGUACUUUAAUGGUCAACCGGGAGGGGUGGAGGAGCCGUGGAAGUGGGCGCAGACGAUGACGGCGAUUUUGAGGCCGAACCAGGUGCCCAAGCUGAAGUUGACGGUGGAGAUGGCGGUCAAGUUGAAAGAUGUUUGGAAGGAGAGUGCCGCCGCCGGAAUGAGGCAAGUGGUAGGUAACGUGAAGGUGCAACUUGAAGGAUUGGAGCCGACGGUGGAUUAUAUGGCCAUGGUGAAUGCUUAG